AUGGCAGGACACCAACCUUUGUUUGAUGGACCAUCAUUUGAUUUGGGAAUUGAAGAAGACAUAGAGAAUUUGUCACUUCUUAUUGUGGAAGACACAUUAGAUAAAGAGGUUAUCAAUCAUGGAAUCUCAAUGAAUCAAAUGAAAGAAACAAUGAGUGUUUUCAAGGAGGUGUUUGAGAUGCCUAAUGAGUACAAGCAAAACAUGUAUGCUAAUGAUGAUUUGAAGACAUGUAGGAAGUUUACUAGCAGUCUUAGAUAUGAAACUGAAAAGGUUCAUUUAUGGAGGGAUAGUCUUAGACACCCAUCUCAUCCUUUGGACCAGUGGCAACACUUAUGGCCUGAAAAUCCAAUUACAUACAGAGAGUGUGUUGGAGAUUUUUCGGUUAAAAUUAAGGAGUUGGGUUGGAGGAUCAUGGAUUUGAUUAGUGAAGGGCUUGGUCUGCAGCGUGGAUAUUUUGACAACGAUCUUACCGGAUCAUUGAUUACCUCAAUUAAUCAUUAUCCACCGUGCCCUUAA